CGACAGUUGUUUUUACGAUGCAAAAAAGUGGCCUAUAUUUUUCAUAACACAUCGUAUCAUCAGACACAUCGACAUGUCCCCAGAACGGCGCGAUAUUUGUUGAUAUCUAGGCUGAAGAAAACCCUAUCAAACCAUUUUAGUUUUUCUCUUCUUUUUUUUUUCAUUGGGUUACGAGUCUGUUGUGUGAAGGGAGUCGAUGUGUGUAGCCUACUUACGCAACAGAGAGAGAGCUUCACUCGGUAACGGGUUCGUGGGGCAAGGACGAAACUAAAGCAGGCAUUUUUGUAUUCCAUUUUUGUCUAAUCCCCACUGAUUUCUGAAGGGAUUACCGGACCAAUCAUGAUUGAGAGGCCGCUGGCUCUUCUGACACUGCCCGGACCGGGAGCUGUGUAGAGAGAGAGAGAGAGAGAGAGUGGAAGAACAGCAUGAAGACACGAAGAGUCAUUGAGAAAAUGUAAUUUCCUUUAUUUAUCCAGAGGGAAAAGUUGCUCCGUCUUUUUUUGCUCGUGUGGCUGACUGACCUGCAGAUGCGCGCUGCAAUAUCUGCACGCAGGUUUCAGAAUGAACGGUAACUCUUAUUUGAGCAGCAGCAAUGGAAUGUAUUGGAACCUUCAAAUGAUGGACAACGCUGGAUUUGUUAUAUAAAGAACAACGUCUGCACUAACUACUCAGGACCAGCAGAUGGAGGAGGAGAAGGUGGUUGAUAACAUUCAAGCACAAUACAUUUCUCCUUUACCCACGGGACUUCCCAUUAACUGGGGACUCAUCACUGGCCCAGUCCCUGAGCCUGUUUUCCCUUCACCCUCUUUAAGCACCCAGCUUCCUCCUCCUCCUACUCCUCAGAAUUCAGCUGUGCAUGCACUACAGACCAAGGUGAAGUCACUCACACAGAGAAGGACACGAGGGAGAGAUAGAGAGAGGUUAAACGCAGAUGUAGGGAGCAGUCCAGUCGGGCAGAUUUCAUCCGAAGUGCUCCUUAGGCCGAGGCCCAGAGGGAAGUGUCAGGUAUCUUUGCCUACCUCUUCCUGGCGAUCAGGCGCUGCAAAGAUCUUGAGCAGCAGCGAUGAAGAGGAGGAGGUGGAGGUGCAAGUCAGGUUGGAGAUCCACAGCCCUCCACCUGAAGCGAAAGGAGAUGAAUUAAUUCAGGAGGGAGAGGAUACUGAAGAAGAGAGGUCAGAAAGAAAUGAGAGCCAUGUCAGUUUCCAGCCUUAUGGGCUCGGUGAGGGCACCAGUUUGGAAAGUCUUCUGUCUGAUAACUCAAGCAGCAGUAAGGACGAGCCAUCUCCUCCUCCACCUUCUCUCCCUACUCUCCCCUCUUCUCCUGCAGCCAGCUCUGCUUCUGCGACAUCCUCCACUUCUUCCUCCGUGUCAACCAGACGCUGGGCACCACCAAAAGGCUUCUGGAGAGUUGCGCGUCCUGAAACAUUGCUUCUCAAUGGUGUUGGCCCUAACAACAUGUCCUCCACUCUACCUUUGAAAGACUAUACUCAGACAGAAGCACAGACAGAGCCUCAGAAGUCUGAACCAGAAGACACAGGGACCAGGAGCGACGUUGGAAUUUCGGUCGAUGACUGCGCUGUUUCUGCCGAGUUCAAACACUCAGACAGUGUUGAGUGUUUCCUGGACAGGUGUGUGCAGAAGGAGACAGAGGCCUUGGAACUGUGCAGCUCAGACAGCUCCGAGAGCAUGUCUUCACGAAGUGGGUUGCUCUCUGCUGAUGAGAAACUGAAGGUGAAGCAGAGGGCUUAUGAAAGGUUAAGGGAAAGGAAACAGAACUACAUGGAGGAGAGAGAGCAGAGUGGAGGAGAAAGUGUAGACAACUAUGAAGACUCAACAUACAGAGUGGAAGGUACAGACUCAGGUGCCCACGGGGGUUCGGACAGCUCUGACUCUGCCAUUCUUGAUCAGGAACUUGAACCCUAUUUGAGGUCACUUCUUGUAAUCAGUGAUGAGCUUCCCCUGAGCCCAAGACAUGAGCAAGCCAAGCGCCUGCUGGAGAGAGCCCGGCUGAAGGCUCGUUCCAAUCAUGUCAAAGGCGAUUGCCCCUCCAGACGCUCCCAUUCCAACCAGAGGUCUGCUGAAAAGACUAUGCAAGAUGAGCCUCCCAGUCCAGUGGUACUGCAGAAAGCUGUUCAAACCAAAGAUGAUGUCACACCCCAAACUGUAUCUAUUCCCCUCCCCAUCCCCAACCAAAGAGAUAUUCCCCCUGGAGACAAUGGUGUUCGAUCCAGACGGUAUGGUUGUUCACCAACACGGGUACGCUUUGAAGAUGAAUCUGAAAAGGAAGCAGAGUCUCGGUACUUGGAUAGAGUAAGACAGCGAGGCAGGCCUGGGGCGCCUAAGUCCAAGAGUAAAGAGAGUAAAACAGAUUCUAGCAGCAGCAGUUCAGAGAGGAGCAGAGGCCAUAGAAGUGUCUCCAUGCCUCCUGCACAAAAGCCAGAAGAGGUUGGCCUCAAUGUUGAACCUACAACAGUUAUUAAAGAGAUAAUAGUGCUAGUGAAGAAAUGUGAGGCAUGUGGCUCUGUAGUGAGGGAACCCCAGCCAGUUUCAUCAACAUCCGAUCCACAGAAGCUGGAUCCGCAGCUUCUAGGCAACCCUGAGGACCAACGAGUUGCUCCUAACUGGGUGCCUCCAAGCAAGCCAGAGGUGAUUACUCGUCCCAAAGCGUCUCUAACUGUCACUUUUGCUGGGGCUUAUGUGCUUGGGGAAAGCAAAGAGAGUAGCACAGGCUGGAAAUCCUCAGGGUUUGGGAAACUUAGGAGAAGGAGCAGGAAAGGAGAAAGUCGGAUAGAGUCUGGCAACGGCCCGUAUGGUCCAUCUUGGGCACAGCGGCGUAAUUCAAAUCCAAGGAGUAGGGUCAACUUGGAAAGAGCUGUCUCCUUCGCCCCAGGCAGCCCCAUAGCUCUGGAGCCCCAUUUGCUGAAAGCAUCCGGUGGACUACGGGAAUCCUCUGCCCCAUCACUGCCUAUAAAAUCUGCCUUGAAGUCAAGUUCCAGAAAUCGCUCUGCAGCAGGGCAGUCCACAGUUCAGUUCCAAAUUACCUCAGAUCAGGGAAGCGAGGGAGAGUCCCAGCACCUGGACUCACCAGAUACAGGACGGGAGUCUCUGGUAGCUUUAACCCAAGUGAUUCCUGCAACCAGCAUCCCGGUACCCUGUUUAAGGCCCUCCACCCUCAGGUACUGCCCAGCCCGCGUCACCACUGAUCUGCCGUCUUCUGAAGUCUGGGAUUCAACCCCGGACGGAACAGCAGGUCUUGGAGACUCUGCUUCUGGUCCUGAGCUUCGUCCUGCUCUCCGGGGCCUGGCUCUGUCUCGGACUGAGGGCCUCAGAGCCGAGCUGUUGAGAGCAGAACACCUGAAAGCCGAGGCAGUGUGGGAGGAGAACUGUGACGGGUCCAGAAAGAUGGAUGGACGGCCAAAGCUUUUCUUGCGUCGCUUCUUUUCCUCCAUUGGUCUGAACAGUGUUGGCAGACUGGUGAAAGGAGGACGCUCCAGCAGCAUGGAACAGCUCAGUAUACCCGCUCCCCCCCGGGCCAGUUCUACUUCACCAAGCCCCACCCGCAGACCACCUCCUCCCAGCCGCAUCCAGAGGACACCCUCACUGCAAACCCUGCACCCAGUGCUGCCACUGGCCCAACUGCGCAAAGCCUCAUCUGUGCAGAGUUUGGAAAGAAGAACAGAACGCUCAACAAUUCUGGGAGAGGUGCAGAUACCGUAUGGCCUGGCACCCAGCCCUGACAGUCCUCAGAUUGAGCUUCAUCGGGCACUGAGUGUUGAAGAUGUACUUACCUCCAGAAUGGUGCGUCCAGUGGGCCGGGUCACUCAGGCCUUUCCUGAUGGAACUCUCCUCCUGGAGCUUGUCAGACCCCCAAAUGGCCCCUUCGGUUUUGUCAUCUCAAGAGGCAAAGGUCGACCAGACACAGGGGUGUAUGUAGAGAAAGUGGGUGACGGCAGUGGUGAGAGUCCCUACGUUGGUCUCCUCGGCAUCGGCGAUGAGAUCCUUCAGGUGAAUGGAGAGGUGGUGGCCAGCCUCAGUCUGGACCAGGUGACACGGCUCAUGACCCGGGAGAGCACUGCUUCUCUUCGGAUCAUGCCAGCCAGACGCAUACAGCGCUAAGUGGAGAGAAAGACGUGGCACAGAGCCAUGGAUAUAAAUUCACCACUGCAAACCCUGCUUAUGGUCUACAACCUGUGGCCGAUGUCAGAUAGCCAGUGUGUAUUAUUUGCAGUUAAAAUACAAGCAUAUAGGAUCUCAGGUUUACAGGUAAUUUUCCUUUGAGUGCAAACCCAUGUUAAUGGCUUACAAAUACAUUAACAGACAGCUAAAAUUAGUUAUUAACCGGAUUUUAGAAUAGCUAUUGUUAUUUUAAUGAUGGUAAAGUCAGGGAAUAAUGAUUCCAAUCCAGCAUGACUUGUUUUUAUGCAGUUUUUUUUAGGUCUCACUUCAAUAGCCUAAUAAUAGUUUCAUUUAAAUGUAGCUGAAUUUUUACCUCAUCUUUCAUUUAUUAUUUAAAAACUCUUCCUGAAAAAAGGAUGACUGCAUUUAUUUUGUCUUAAGUUACUGAUUAAAAAAGUACAAGUGUAAUAGUGUAAAAACUUAAAUGCUUAGUGAGGUGAUCUCCAUUUCCUAGGUCUUUUUUCAUUUCCUAAAACUGUGUCUUUGAUUCAGGUUGAUUAAUUAUGAUGAUUGACAUGUCUGAGGCUGUGCUGUUAAUGUCAUUCAGGGCCUUGAGACCCGCAGACUAAAGAGCUGUCAGCACAAGCUUUAACAGGUUCAUUAUUGUCUGAAACAAAAAUACUAAACAAAAAGGUAUCCUACUGUAUCACACAUUGAGAUAUUUGAUUUCUAUCACCCUAUGAAAUGGAUAUGUGUUUGCUUCUAUAAAUAAAAAUAAUAUAUUUUGUCAAACUGUUA